AUUUUGGGGGCGGCUCCAGCUCGCAGGGACCUGCAAGCAGCGUCAGUGCGGGAAAAGUUUCGCGGGUCCAGUCCGGAAGUUGCGCUUGAAAGAUUCUCCUCGGAGCGUCUUUUUUUUUCUUUUUUUUUUUUAAGUUGUUUUUUUGUUGGAACAUUGCUGGAAUUGUUGGUCGCGCUGAAGUGUGCCUUGAAGCCUGCAGGUAGGAGAGACACGCUGCACACCUGACACUCGACCAUGGAGGAGAUUAGAGAAGGUGAGAAGAAAGACAAAAUGGGUAGUAGCAGUUUUGGAGACCUCCGAAAGAAGCCGCUAGUAACAAGAGACAUCUUGUCAUCCUUCUACCAGCCCGUGGCUGUCAACAUGCGCCACCACUACGAGCCCCACAUGCUGCACGCCCUGCACGGCCCUGCAGGUGUGACAGGAAGUCCUGUUAUCUCGGAUGUUUCCCUGAUCCGCCUUUCUCCUGCCGCCAGGGCCUCCAGUGACUCCCCCUUCAGUCCCCCGCACGUUUACAUCAACCCCCACAUGGAGCACUACCUGCGCUCCGUGCACGGCGGCCCCACACUCGUCUCGGCAGCCAGAGGCCUGAACCCCAGCCAGUUGGCUCAGGAGCAUUUCAAAGAUGGCUGCCUGUUGGGGCUCCCUCCGCCUCCUCCUCUUGGAGCAAGUCCAACCGAGUAUUACCAGCUGAUGGCGAGCCACCAGAGGCCCUACGGGGAUCUACUCAUGCACGGUGCUGGGUUGAGCGCAGGGGCCCACAUGUCUGACUAUGUGAGCCCUAUUGAUGUGCCACGAUGGAACCCCAGGCUGAGCAGAAAGAGGACGCUGUCUUUUUCGCCUCUGUCCGACGCCAACAUGGACGUCCAGGCGAUGAUCCGCACAUCACCCAGCUCACUGCUGCCGUACAUCAACAGCACCCGUUCCGGCAGCUCAUACGGCCACCUGUCGGUCGGAGGUCUCAGCCCGUCCUUCGCCUUCCCUCAUCCCAUCAACACGGUGGCUUACCAACAGUUCCUCUCCCAGCAGAGGAGCAUCUGUGCUUUCAGCCACACUCCACCUCUCAUCCAGCCAGCCGCCAUCUUCCCUGGCUGCCAGCCCAGCCUCGGGCUUUCCUCACUGUCCAACAGCACUCACUGCAGUGACCUCGUCUCUAAAAGUCCCUGCAGGGAGUCAACAAUCAGCUGCACACUGGAACCUGGCAUCACCAAGAGGUCAAAGGUUAAGACUGAAUCCCUGCCGCCAGGUUCACCGAAGCGUCAAGGGGGUGUGUUGGAGCUGAAGAAGGACGUGGACACAGCAGAGUCCUUCUUGGUGUACGAGACCAAGUGCCACUGGGAGGACUGCAGCACCGAGUACGACACCCAAGACCAGCUCGUGCAUCACAUCAACAACCACCACAUUCAUGGGGAGAAAAAGGAAUUUGUGUGCCGCUGGGACGAUUGUACCAGGGAGCAGAAGCCCUUCAAGGCUCAGUACAUGUUGGUGGUCCACAUGCGCCGGCACACAGGAGAGAAACCACACAAGUGCACGUUUGAGGGCUGCUGCAAAGCUUACUCCCGUCUGGAGAAUCUCAAAACCCAUCUGCGCUCUCACACUGGGGAGAAACCUUACAUGUGCGAGCACGAAGGAUGCAGCAAGGCUUUUUCCAACGCCUCAGACCGAGCCAAACACCAAAACCGCACGCAUUCAAAUGAGAAACCGUACGUGUGCAAGAUCACGGGCUGCUCCAAGCGUUACACUGAUCCCAGCUCCCUCAGAAAGCACGUGAAGACCGUCCACGGUCCGGAGGCCCACGUCACCAAGAAGCAGCGAAGCGACCUGCCGCCCAGGCCGCCACCCAGGGACGACGGCAAUGAGACCGUUAAUAGAACUCAUGAUAAGCUGGUCGACGGCAGCUUGAAGGACCACCGGCAUGUCAAAUCCAUCAAGACAGAAAAUGCCGUGAUGCAUCAGUCCAGUCCUGGAGGUCAGUCAUCAUGUAACACCGAACCAUCACCACUUGGCAGUGCGACCAACAAUGACAGUGGAGUAGAAAUGGUAGGGUUAAGCGCUGGAAGCCUGGAGGAUCUCAGCACAGUGGUCCUCCUAGAAGAGCCUUUGGGUGAUGAGGAUACCAAUAGAGGAGUUUUAGGAGCUGGUAUAUGUAUCAAGAAGCAGCUCAGCUCUCAACAACAUCUGGAGUAUCCGCUGAAGGAAGAGAUAAGGACUCUGAGGGGCCUCCGUCAGUGGACUGCCAACCAUCACCUCCAGCCCACAGCACCAAGCUGCCACCCAUACCAGCAGACGCUUUCCUCCAGCCAUGCGAGGGUGGUGUUCCUGUAUAUUUUAAUGGUUCCAGCUUCGGUCUGAGCUCUGGAACAAAAGGUAUACUGGGAGGACUGUCGGAGCCCCUCGGUAGCACCUACAGCACCUUGGGCUCACCUAACACCCUUAGUCCAGACCUCACACUUCGAACUGUCAAGCAGCCUCAGCUCUGUCGACUCCUACAACCACAUCUCAUGGCGCUCCAAUCAGGCCAGUCAAAGUGGAGUUGUACUCAGCCUGACCCAAACCCAGCACCACCGCCUCGGUGCAAAAUAUGCUGCAGCCACUGGAGGUGUAUUUCCUACACUUUUGAAACCCAGCGAGAAAAUGGCUAUACAAGUUUGUUCGUCAUCAUUUAGAGACUGACAGAAAUCCUACUCAUCUGGCAAUGCAACGGCUACAACCCCUGGGCCUUUCAGCCUCAUGAUGUCCUGUUGAACUGUCCCGGUCGGGUCAGUGAGCAAGUCCAAUGAGUGGCUGUGGAGUCUGUUAACCCGUCACAAAUUCACUGUGACAAGAGCCUUGAUGUUGCCAGCAAAGAGAAUAUUCAUCUUGCAGCAGAGCAGGAACAUGUGACCUGGCAGGGUUCCAUGUCUUUAGAUGGCGGCUUCAAUCACAUGCCUCAAACAGACCUGAUGCCACGAUCCCACCACGGUCCAACUCAACCAUUAUCAUGUCCAAGGAAACCUUCUGCAGUAGUUGUACGGUCAAAGACGGAUAAUUGUCAUGGAUACCAAUGUAACUUUGUCAGCGUCCAACAUGACUGUGUGUCAUUGAACAUGAACACUUUGAGUCAGCUGGGAGUCAGCAACAUUAAUGUGCCUGGUCAGUGGAACCCUGACCUACCAGACCCACACUGAACCAGACUGACACUCAACAGAACCCAAAUGUUGACUUGCUUCAUAUUCAAGUCCAAUGGACACAAAACCAACCACCAACAGAACCUAAAACAUUAGACAGCCACCUUUCAUGUCUGCCAGGUAUAAUGCAGGGCUUCGUAGCAAAGCUCUGUACGACCACGGCCCUAUACUCUUACUGGUCCCAACUCAAGAUGAGGAGUGCUGAAGUGAGGACCAGGCCCAGACAGACUUUGAGAGCAUGCUGGAUAGAGAGGACUCCUCCAGCCUCUUGUUGCUCCAGAACUCAUCCAAGAGUUUCUCGUAGCUAACGACAACCACCCACUUUGUCCUACCAGGGAAGGGAAAGAUGGUGGGGAGCUUUUUAGCAGAUCAGUUUCCUGAACCUGAUGUGUUAACCUUGUUUGUUUACUGUUUCCUCUGAAGAAAGCAUGGCAGUCAUUGAACAGUCGCUUUGCGAUCCAAUGGUUUCUGCCUCAGCAGUCCGCUGUCACCUUGUAACUAUUUGACAUGCAGGUGUGCUGUAAAAUCUGCUUUCUAAGUGCCUGGCUUGUACACAAACCACAUUAUUACAACUUGUUUGACUUCUACACCAAAAUGUACCUGUGCGCCCCUUCCUCAAACCUUCAUCACCCUCAGUGUUUUGGUUCUGUGACCGUGAUGAGAUGCCA